AUGGCUAAGACAACUCCAAGAAAGAAAACCGGUAUGACCACCCGUUCAGGUUCAAAUUCCAAAAAGAAUACUCCUGUGAAUACUCCAACCAAGCAGAAGAAGGGCAAGAAGUCCACUGCUAAUGACGAUUCUGUUUUGUCCCAAGAUAGAAUUGAAAAGGCCGUGACUGCGUUGACCAAAUAUUUGAACAAGAAGGAUGACAAGAAGGAAGACCAAUUGAUUGAUGAUGAUGAAUUGACCAACAGUUUGAAUUUGAUUAUCGUUAAUAAUGAACCAUAUUCUGGUAAUUCUAAGAGCUUCAAAUCUAAGUUGAUAAAUGUUAAACAUUCUCUUUAUAAGCCAUGGAAAGAGGCUGGUGUCACUUCUAUUAAGGAUUUUAAGACUCUUUUGAUCUUGAAGGAUUCUGAUGUCAAGAAGGUCUCUGAAGAUGAUCUACAUGAUAAAUUGAACGGCGCUGGUAUCACCAUUGAUGAAAUUGUAUGUGGUAAAGAUUUGAAGACAAAGUAUAAGGCAUUCGAAAGUAGAAGAGCUUUCAUUUCUGAAUUUUCAUUGAUAUUGGCUGAUGAUAACAUUGUCACCACGCUACCAAAGUUACUAGGUGGUAAAGCUUAUGAAAAGGUGGAAACUACUCCAAUUCCAAUAAGGUGUUAUUCUAACAAACAAUUUUCUUUAAAAACUUUGACUGCUAGUGUCAAGAGAGUGUAUCUAAACCAACUACCGGUCAAGAUCCCAAGAGGUACCACUCUAAAUGUUCAUUUAGGUAAUUUAGAUUGGUUCAAAUCUAAAGAACUGGUGGAAAACAUUAAAGACAUUUCAGAAAAUUUUAUUAAGAAUUACAAGGUUAGAACCAUCCUUUUAAAGAGUAAUCAAUCACCAGUGUUACCUUUAUACAAUAAUGAAGCUGUUGUAGACGAGUUAGCUGAAAAGGCAGCCACAGAAAAGGCAACCCAAGAAAAGGAAUCUAACGUUGUUAAUGUUGAUGGUGUUGAUCUCCAAAUAUCAAACUUCGAUAAGACUUUGAUGGAACUUGCUAAUCCAGAAGAUUAUAGUUCAGUGCUUGGUAAGAGAGUUCAAACAGCUAAGAGACAAAGAGCUGCCGCUGAUGACGAAAAGAAGCAACCAAGUGAAGUCAAAAAGGUCAAAAAGGCUAAGAAAUAA